AAAGCCCCGGCAGUGACUGGGAGGGGAACAGGAGGAGGGACAGAGGGACGGGGAAGUCUGCACAAAGGAAUUCCUCACCCCAAGCCCCCUGACUGCCAGCAAGUAAAGAAGAGAAGCAGAUCUGCUCUCCCUCCUCCUCCCUGCCAUCUUCCCACCCAAGCUGGGCCCAGGCCAUAGAGCAGCGGCAGGCCUCCCAAGAGGACCCACACAGCCUCCUGUAGGUAGCAACAGUGCCACCUGUUUGACCGGUGAGGCUUGAGCCAAGGACUGGAAGAGGGAGGAGACAGACAACUCUGGAGAGGAGCUGGGAAGCAGUGCAGAACAGAGAGCAGAGCAGAGCAGAGCUGCCGCUGAGAAAAGUGCGACUGUGUCUGGUUUGGCCUACUCUUCCUCACCUUCCUCCUCUCCCUGGGCUGGCUGUACAUCGGGCUCAUCCUUCUCAAUGACCUGCACAACUUCAAUGAAUUCCUAUUCCGCCACUGGGGACACUGGAUGGACUGGUCCCUGGCAUUCCUGCUGGUCAUCUCUCUACUGGUCACAUAUGCAUCCCUGCUACUGCUCCUGGCCCUGCUUCUGCAGCUCUGUGGACAGCCUCUGCACCUGCACAGUCUCCACAAGGUGCUGCUGCUCCUCAUUAUAUUUCUUGUGGCCGCUGGCCUUGUGGGACUGGACAUCCAAUGGCAGCAGGAGUGGCAUAGCUUACGCCUAUCACUGCAGGCCACAGCCCCAUUCCUUCAUAUUGGAGCAGUCGCUGGAAUCACUCUUCUGGCCUGGACUGUGGCUGAUAUCUUCUACCGUAUCCACCAAAGAGGUGCCAAGAUUCUGCUACUGCUUCUAUUUUUGGGAGUUACCCUGGUCAUCUACCUGGCCCCCCUAUGCAUCUCCUCACCCUGCAUCAUGGAACCCAGAGACUUACCUCCCAAGCCUGGGCUGGUGGGACACCGAGGGGCCCCCAUGCUGGCACCCGAGAACACCCUGAUGUCCCUGCGGAAGACAGCUGAAUGUGGAGCUGCCGUAUUCGAGACCGACGUGAUGGUCAGCUCCGAUGGGGUCCCCUUCCUCAUGCAUGAUGAGCACCUGAGCAGGACCACGGAUGUAGCCUCUGUGUUUCCAGCCCGAAUCACAGCCCACAGCAGUGACUUCUCCUGGGCUGAACUGAAGAGACUCAAUGCUGGGGCCUGGUUCCUAGAGAGGCAGCCCUUUUGGGGGGCCAAGCAGUUGUCGGGCCCUGAUCAGAAAGAGGCUGAGAAUCAGACAGUACCAGCAUUAGAAGAGCUAUUGAAGGAAGCUGCAGUCCUCAACCUUUCCAUCAUGUUUGACUUGCGCCGACCUCCACAAAACCACACAUACUAUGACACUUUUGUGAACCAGACAUUGGAGACUGUACUGAGGGCAAGGGUGCCCCAAGCCAUGGUCCUUUGGCUACCAGAUGAAGAUCGGGCUAAUGUCCAACAACGGGCACCCAGAAUGCGCCAGAUAUAUGGACAGCAGGGAGGCAACAGAACUGAGAGGCCCCAGUUUCUCAACCUCCCCUAUCAAGACUUGCCACUGUUGGAUAUCAAGGCAUUGCAUCGGGAUAAUGUCUCAGUGAACCUAUUUGUAGUGAACAAGCCCUGGCUCUUCUCCCUGCUCUGGUGUGCAGGGGUGGAUUCGGUCACCACCAAUGACUGCCAACUGAUGCAGCAGAUGCAUUACCCAGUCUGGCUUAUUCCCCCUCAAACCUAUCUAAUGAUGUGGAUCAUUGCCAAUUGUAUCUCCACCUUGCUGCUUCUGUGGACCUUCCUCCUCCAAGGGAGAUGUGCUAAAGAGAGAGAGAGAACUGGUUUAGAGACAGCAGUGCUGCUGACCAGGAUCAACAAGUUCAUAAGGGAGUGAAUACCCUGCCCUGGCCCCCCAUCAGCUGGAUUCUGAGGCCUGUCUGCAUUGGCCAACAGCAAGGGAAGGAGGGUGGCUAAAGUGGAAUGUCUUGGGCAUAGUGGAUUGUGGUGAGGAUAACUUUGCCAACAGGAGGUUUCAAACCAUGUGGUGGGGCCUGUGCCCAGAUGGUGGGCAUGCCAUUAAAUCUGCUCCCCAUGGGAUUUUGACCUGAGAUGGUUGGGAAGACAGUGAGUCAUGAGAAGUUUCUCCCAAAAUGAAACUAGAAAAGAGGAAGCAAAAGAGAGAUUGCCAAGAUAAUGUCUCAGACUUGUGUGCACAUGCCCUUGUGUAGAAGGCACAGGGUGUGUCAGGGUGGUACAGCUUGGAACAGUGACUGAAGGUAAUGACAAAAUGGCCUUUCCUGAACAACUGUAAGAUGAUGGACACAACAUCCUCACUCCGUGUACUGUCUCCCCUGACCCUUGCAAUUUUAGCUGCUUUCCUGCCUAGAGGGUAAGAGCUAAAGAG